AGGAUGAGGGUCCCCGCCGCUCUCGCGGGCUGGGCUUGUGCCACCCUCUGCCUGGCUUCCUGCUCGUCUGCCUUUUCCCAUGGUGCCGGCGUGGCGGCCUGUGAGGACAUGCAGCCCACGCACAUUCGAGCCCAGCCUCAGGACCCCGGGACCCACCACAUCACCGUUCACACCAGCAGCUCUUCCUACUCACCGGGUGACACAGUUCCAGUGACUGUGAGGAGCAGUCGUAAUUUCAUGGGAUUUCUACUUCAGGCCCGAAGAGUGUCUGAUCAUCAAAUAGCUGGCACUUUUGUUUUCAUUCCUCCUCAUUCCAAACUGAUGACUUGUUUUGAAGAGGCUGACACAGUCACCCACUCUGACAAGUCCCGGAAGAGAAACCUCUCGUUCGAGUGGAAGGCCCCUGCCCAGCCUGUGGGGGACGUCAGAUUCCUUUUAUCAGUAGUCCAGUCAUAUUUCGUUUACUGGGCAAGGAUUGAAUCAUCUGUUGUGUCCCAGCAGACACACAACCGAGCCCUUUCUGACGGCCGCGUGGAGCCCGGCUUACUGAUGCCAACCCCUGGGCAGAGGCCGGAGGGUCUGGAAGGAACUGCCCCAGCUCCCAGUCUCCCCAUCACUCUUCUGCAGCAGCGCACAGAUGUCUUGGCUGUUGCCCUAACUGGAGCUGCAGAGGAGGACAGCUUAGAUCCUGUUCCUGCCAGUUUUUGGGUGACAGAGUUUCCUGGGGGUGCAGAGGUUCUCUUUCAACCAUCUUCACACACAGCUACUGCAGUCAGCAAUGGCCAGCAACCCAGUGGAGACAGCAACCCAACCCUAGAACCAUCCCUGGAUGUCCAUGGGCUGGAGAGGCUGGUGGCCCUCAGGAGAUUCUCCUCAGAGGGUUUUGCUCCCAGCCCUAGCACCCACCACAGGACUCAGGAUGAUCCAAGGUUUGAUUCAUCAGAAACUUGCUUGCCAUCUGAUAGGGAUGAACAGGAUGAGAUGGAGAUCUCUAAUAAGACCAUGAUAAGGCCUCCUCUGUACACUGUCCAUCUUACCUAUCCUCAGCGCCUCUGGUCCUCUGAAGCACUCACUGGAAAUGGGGCUGGGGCAGCCAACCCAACCCCUGUCUUCCACACCUCUGCUCCCAGGCUACCCACUGCUGGUGGCCAGUCAGAGGUGUCAAGGCCCUCUGCUAGCUUCUUGCCUCAGUCAAAGCACAGGGAGCCCAGAGUGGGGGAGGGAAAUGGAGAGGGUAGAGGGGGAUACCCCAGGAAGACCCACCCAAGGCCUGAGGUUGGGCAAGAGGGAGCCAGUGCCCCUUCAGGGGUCCAGCUCAGGACUGCCCAGCUGGGAAUCCUGCUUUGCCUUUCGGCCACCUUGGGCAUGGCCCUGGCUGCUGGCCUUUGCUACCUCUACACCCAGUAUUGCCGCAGGCAGGCGGAAGUGUCCUUCAGUGAGCCUGCCCAGGAUGCCGCUGUCAGCAGCGACAGGGGUGAGAUUGUGCAUGUCAGGAAGAUUGGGGAGAACAGUUUUGUUUUGGUUGAAGCAGAAUACAACUGGACCACUCCCUCCCUGGGUAACAAGAAGACAGUCCUCUGAGAAGACCAUUAUACCAGGCCUCUCAGCGGCCCUGCUUAGACCCUGUAGAGCGUCUCAGCCGGAACAGAGCUAAUGAGAAUAGCUGAUCAGGACAGGGAUGCACUGUGCUCCCGUCAGUGAGCAGUGAGUGGAGGAGGCUGCGAAAGGACAGUUUAUCAACAGAGGGAGUUCUUCCCAAGCUUUGUUCUCUUAACAUCUGUAAUUUAGCUGCUUUUUUUCUUUUGCAAUUAGAUGUUCUGUUUGAAGAGUUAAACUCAACACAAUGAAUAUUGUAUAACCUGCUCAUUAACUAGACUCCUGUGGCCGCUGAACUUCCUCUGUUGCCUUAAGGAACCCGCAGAAAUAGAAAUUCUGUCCCUCCUCAGUGUGUCAGCCUCAUCUCCUCUAACUCUUUGAAAGAAAGCAAUGUUGGGUUGUGUCUCUUGCAAGAAAAAGAACUGCAGUCUUCACUUCACCUCUCCAAACCACCCCAAAAGGAGUUUUGUUUUCAAAAACUGGAGUUCAAAAUUGGCUCUGAUUUAGUUGCCUAGGUUAGAGCUAGGGUAUUCCGUCUUCUUGGAAACUCAAAAGCCUGGCAAAUCCACCAUGGAAAUUGAUCCGAAGCAAGGAGAGGUUUAGAGAGCUUGAUUGAACACGUCUGUGGGAAAACACAUCCAAGCAGCAUCCACAGCAGAGUGGGGUAAGCAAGCCUCUCCAUCAGGUGUAAAUGGAUCUGAGGCCUCCGUCCAUUUACACUUGGUGAGAGGCUCUGUGUCCUAACAGCUAACAAACAGACUGCCUUUUGCCAAAGGUCAGGCUGAAAAAAAUGAUGAUACCACACAGUCUGAAGAACAGGCUCUGCUCAACUUUUCAGGAGGAAAAGGAAAAAAGCAUCAAGGACGAAGAUCAUCCACCUGCUCUUCUGACUUUAUGAAGAUCACUUUGAUUUAGCAGGAGUCCCAUAAAUACUCCAAGAGGUCAAAACAACGGUUUGAAUAUAACUCUUGCAUAUGCUCGCCUAAUAUGACCCAUUGGAGUUAGCUGCCUUUUUGGAGGUAAACCUAUUCCAGAGUCAUGAUCCAUUUUAAUGUGGAAACAAAAACCACUAUAAAUUCAAAAAGGGUAUUUAUUGAUUGAGCACCUAAAUCACACCUGUGCUGUUCUAAGAACUUUACAUAUAUUUUCACAUUUAACUCUCACCAUAACUUAAUGAGGAAUAAAUUCAGUAACUUGCCAGAGAGAGAGAGGCAUUCAUGACAUCUCAAUUCAACAAGACAUUCUUUUUUAAUUGAGUGUGUAAGAAAGAGACAAUUCCUGCUGUUUUUACAGCCCCUAUUUAGCUCAUUGGGCGUCAAUUCCAAUCCAUCUCUUCUCCUGGAUUCUGGGUGAUGCAGAUCUAUUCCCUGGCUUCAGUCAAGUGCCUCCUUAGGCACAUGGAGACCUAGGUAAUUGUGUGUUCACAAUUGAAAGUGUUCUAGGAAUGCUGUGGAAAGAAACAAAUGUACUGUACUCCAGUGGGGGCCACAUCCCUACUACAUACCCAACCCUCCUCAAAGAUAUCCUCCCCAAGGUGCAAACAAGGGCUCUCACAGUGAAGAGCUCUCAUCUGGCCACAUCAGAGCCAGGUGCACAACAUAUACAACACCUUCAAGAUCUUUCCUGUCCAAGAGGAUAUGUCCUGUGUAAACAGACUGUAACAGUUUGUUCUGGUUAUCUAUUGCUGUGAAACAAAAUACUCCAAAACUCAGUGGUUUAAAACAACCACUACCACUACCAUUUAUUAUCUUGCACAAUUCUGGGGAUAUCUGGGCUUAGCUGGCCAGUUCUUCUAACUCGUGUUGUUCAAUGCGCUGGAAGAUCCCAGAUGACUCACUCACAUGGCUGGCAGUUGGUGCUGGCUGCUGGCUGGGGAGUUCAACUGAGGGUAUUGAUGAGAUGGGAAGCAAUUUGGUUCUCCUCUUCGUAGCUUCUUACAGCAUGGUGGCUGGGUUCCAAGGGGAACUGUUCUAAGCAGACAAAACCAGAAGCUGGGAUCUCUUAAGGCCUAGCCUGGGAAGUUACAUGGUUUCACUUCUUCGACAUUCUGGUGGUCAUAGCAAGUUACAGGGCCAGCCUUCAUUCUUCAAAAGGAAGGGCAAUAGAUUUCACUUUUUGAUGGGAGAAGUGGCAAAAGAUUUGAAGCUAUCUAUCUUUAAUUCACUACAUCUCCGUAUAGACUGCUGACCUGCUAGGGGACUUACGUGAGAGCAGGAGAAGCUGUUCAUCCCCAGGAGAUGCCAUUGGUCACCUUCCCUGCAAAGCAUCAAACGGAGUGAGGGAAAUGUCCAGACUUUAGGGUUAGGCAUUUCCUCUUCUCUAGCUGGGAACUCCAGCUAAGGCAAAAUAGUGAAGUGAUGCAGAGGAGUCUGCCAGACCUCUGAGUCUCAGCUUCCUCAUCAGAGAAAAGCAGAUCACAAAAUUACGUACCUCUUUUGGCUGUUGUGAAAAUUAAAUGCGUGUUCAACACUUAGCUAUCUCUACCUACCUACCUACCUACCUACC